AUGUCGUGCGAUGCAGCCAACCUCAGCGAGGGCGACUUCCUGGACGCCCUGCCGCAGCAGGUCCUGCUUGUCACCCCCAACGCCGACGCCACCGCCUACGAAAUGUGGCGCCUGCAGACCGGCGGCACCGAAGGGGGGCCCCUCCAGGCUCCCGCGACAGCCCAGCAGAACGUGGGCAUCCUACCGGAGGGAUGGACGGACGGCUGCGUCGCGGGUCAGAUGGUGGGCUUCGCUCCGGAGGUUGCGAUGGCGGAGGAGGGGCGCGAUGCGGAGGCUGGCGGCGAAGGCGGCCAGGAGGACGAGGCGGAGAGGGAGCGGCGCAGGCGGGAGCGCAACCGGCAAGCCAACAAGAACUUCCGGGAGAGGCAGAAGCAGAAGAUCGCGGACCUGGAGAGCGAGGCGAGGCGGAUGCGCGACGCGGUGAAGGAAAUGGAAGAGAGAAACGAGGUAUUGAAGAAGGAGAAUGAGGUUUUGAUGGCUUACGCGGGAAUUGGGCAGCACCAGAGGGGCCCCUCGCACGGGGAAAGCCCUGCGAGUACUUACGAGCAGCAGCUGGAUCAGCUGCUGAACUGA